AUGGCGGACCAAGACGUCAUCUCUCUGGCCUACAAAGGCCGUAUUGCCAUCAUCAAGAUCAAUCGCCCGUCAAAACUUAACGCUCUUGAUCAAGAUCUGUAUUAUCUUCUGGCCGAUCGCCUCCGCGAGGUGGAGAAGAGAGAUGACAUCUUCAUUACCGUCCUCACGGGAACGGGACGAUUCUUCUCUGCUGGAGCGGACGUAACUGCUGCCCGUCCAGGAGCCAAUGCCAAUAGUAGCAACAGCCUUAGCAGCAGCAAUCGACGUGACCUCGUUCGAUCGUUCUUUUCCAACAACGUCGAUAUCACGAGGACUUUCUAUAUGCACCCAAAGAUCCUUGUUGUUGCUCUGAACGGCCCUGUUGUCGGGUUAUCAGCUGCCCUCAUUGCCUUUGCCGACUUUAUCUACGCUGCUCCGCACACCUUCCUCCUCACCCCGUUCUCAUCUCUUGGCCUGGUGGCCGAGGGCGGUGCCUCGCGGGCCUUUGUGGAACGACUCGGCAUUUCCAAGGCCAACGAGGCUCUCAUCAUGAGCAAGCGCAUCACCUGCGAGGAACUCGUCGCGACCGGUUUCGUCAACAAGGUCAUUGCCCCUCCGUCCGGCAAGACCGAUGACUCGGAAGGAUUCCUGAAGCUAGUGCUGGAAGAGGUCGAAGACCGUCUCGGGCCCCACCUCAACCAGACCAGUCUGCUCAAGAUCAAGGAGCUCAUCCGUCGACCGGAGCGGGAGAUCUUGGACCGCCAGAACGUCCUUGAGGCGUUCAUGGGCCUGGAACGGUUCCAGGCUGGGAUCCCGCAGGAAGAGUUCCGGAAGAUCGCCAGCGGCGAGAAGAAGCAUAAACUGUAG